AUGGCUGCUCAGGACCAGCGGCCUAGCACGGCAGCGUCAGCAGCGACGUCCCUAACGCACGUUCAUGACCUUCACGACGUUGGCCCAAUUCCACAAGAUUUGACACAGGGUGAGGGAGAGUCCGCCGUACCCGAAGACAAGAAAGAAGAGGCUCUCGAAAAUGUCGAAGAUGACUGGCAACACGAUCCCAUCAACCCUCGGAAUUGGUCAAGCAAGAAGAAAUGGUUGAUGGUAUUCUUGGUAUCAUUCUACACAUUCGUAUCCCCUUUGGCCAGUUCCGUGAUGGCACCUGGUCUGCCAAAGAUCGCGAUCCACUAUGGUAUCACAAAUGAGACAAUAGUUGCAAUGACCCUCAGUGUAUUUCUGAUCUCGUUCGCGCUGGGGCCGUUGCUUCUAGCACCUCUUUCUGAGAUGUACGGGCGGACAUGGGUCCUCCACAUCAGUAAUCUUGUAUUCCUCGGUCUCAAUCUGGGAUGCGCCUUCAGUCCCACUACGAAUUCUCUGAUCGCCUUCCGUUUCCUUUCAGGAUUCGCUGGUGCUGCACCCAUUGCAUGUGGUGGAGGUUCUAUAAGCGAUAUGUACUCCGAGCGAGAACGUGCGUCCGCUAUGGCCGUUUACAACAUGGGACCCCUCAUUGGCCCCGUUAUAGGCCCAAUCAUCGGUGGAUACGUUGCCGAAACGAUAGGGUUUCGUUAUGUAUUCAUAAUCGUCGCCUGUCUUUGCGCGUUUGUCGCUGCGCUGGCUAUACCGCUCUUACAAGAGACGUAUGCCCCCGUCAUACGACUCCGCCUAGCCAAAAAGGCUGGAGAUCCCGAGAAAGCUGCUAAACAGCACCCACACCUCCUUCAAGAACACCGGAGCAAACUGCACGUCCUCUGGCUCAACGUUAGCCGGCCGUUUAUCCUUCUCGGCACCAGCUUCAUUUGCUUCAUACUCAGUGCUUACAUGGCUUUGAUGUACGGAAUAUACUACCUCAUGUUUUCCACGUUCCCAGAAUUGUUUACCGAUGUUUAUCACUUCAAUCUGGGGUCCACCGGGUUGGCAUACAUUGGCCUCGGUGUCGGCUUCCUCCUUUCGACAAUCCUGGGUGCACGGUGGUCUGAUCCUAUAUACGGCUGGUUCUGCGCUCGAAAUGGCGGAGUACAAAAGCCUGAGUACCGGAUACCUGCCCUUAUAUUCGGCUCUCUUUGGGUCCCGAUCGGCCUCUUUUGGUACGGGUGGUCCGCUCAAGCCAGACUUCACUGGAUGAUGCCUAUCGUAGGCACGGGCAUAUUCGGCUUUGGACUGAUGGCAACAUUCCUCCCCAUACAACUGUAUCUUGUAGAUGCUUUUACUUAUGCGGCUAGCGCCAUCGCAGCGGCUUCGGUAUUCAGGUCCAUGCUAGGGUUCGCAUUUCCUCUUUUCGGUUCGCAGAUGUACGCAGCUCUUGGCGUCGGCGGCGGCAACUCUUUGUUGGCAGGGCUUGCGAUUAUCCUGGGUAUCCCAGCGCCUAUAUUCAUUUACUUCUAUGGAGAGAAAAUUCGGGCUAGAAGUUCCUUGACUCGUUGAAGUCGUGACAACUCAUGCUUAUUAUUGUCGAUCUCAUAGGAGCACGUUAUUAUUAUCGACAUGAUAGAAAUACACCAGAAUUCUUCGAGGAUGUAUCCUGUCAUUUAUUGUACUUAGGCGCAAAGCGCAUUCUUGCAUCUGCAGAGCUUCCCAUGGUUCAGUGAAGUCAGACAUGCCAAUCGCAUAUACAAGUGCUUGAUAAUGCAAGGUAUAACAUGCCGAGAGGUUAUGGAUAGAACUAUCAGUACGCGCUGCGAGCCAACCCGAAGCUCCGUGAUUUAGCUCCACCCAGCCCCGUCGCUAAAUUCGUUCCAGAAUCCUUGAUCCUUUGCUCAACUUCGCCCACUUUCGUCUCCAGCUCCCGUACCGAGCCGUCGAUCCAUUGAAGGCUUUCCAAAUGACUACUCAAGAUUUCCACGAUUUGGGUCAUGGGAUCUUCACCCUCUUGUUUCGUUGGUUUUCCAUCUGGCGUAGUGUCUGACAAGGCAUUUACGGCCUCUAUCAUUUGCGUCAAGGAACUAGAGAGAUCGUCCAGGUGGGUGUGUAGCUCGGUUGCGAGCACGUAGUUCUUGUCCCGCUCAGAGUCCGCCGGGCCUGUAUCUAAGACCCGCAAGCUACCGUUGUCGCCGCCGAGAAUAUCUUCCGUGGCCUUCUCAUACGAGUCUAGAGCCGCAGACAAGUCCUUCUGCUGCUGCUCUAUAUGGUCGAGCGCUUGAUCAAUAUUUGUCUGCUCACGCUCAGCGGCAAGAACAUGCGAGAAUAGUGCGGCAAGGCUAUUGCCAUUGUCGAUCAAUGCACGAUCCCAGGCAGCUACCUCGCCAGCGAACUUGUGGAAUUCGCGUACAUGACCUUCAAGUUCCGAGGACCACCGGUUAACGAUCUCUUCUAUCGUCUUCCCUCGAAGCAUGGAAGGUGGAGGGACGGCGAUGGAUGUAGAGUUAGAGGUAGAAGGAGGACCCAAGGCACUAGUGGUAAGCGCUGGCACAUCUUUCUUUUCGCCAUCCUUAUUGGCAGGGGAUGUACCGGAACCGAGUUCCUUUUUCUCGCCGGAGGUGUCCUUUGCAGCAGUGCCGAAGAUGUUAAUUGACGAGCCAGCUGCAGGCGCAUCCUUUUUCUCUUCCGGCUUGUCCUUACUAGCUGCAGGAGUUCCGAAGAGUCCACCCGAUGAGGUGGCAGGGGUAUCGCUCUUUCCCGACGUAGUAUCUUUACUACCAAGUCCGGAAAACAGGGAAGGGGCCGCUGUCGUACUGGAUGUGGUUGUGGUGGUGCCAGUUGCAGGAGUAUCG